AUGCCCCGGGCUCCUAAGCGUCGACGUAUCAUGACUGAGGAAAACCCUCAGCCCUCAAAUGAGGACCAAAAUCCAACAGAUGUGCAGGUUGCUGAAGCUGUGGAGGGAGAUGUUUCCUCUUCUUCAUCCACCUGUUCCUCAUCUUUCCCUUCCUCCUCCUCCUCCUCUUCUUGCACUUGCUCCUCUUGUUCCCGCUCUUCCUCUCCCUCCUCUCCUUCCUCCUCCUCUUCCUCCUCCUCUUCUUCCUCCUCCUCCUCCUCUUCUUCCUCCUCCUCUUCUUCUUCCCACUCUACUUCCUCCACUGCUUCCUCCACUGGCAAUGAUGGGUCCUCAAGCAAUUCCCAUGGUUCUCUGGGACCCAAGCCUAGAAAACGAAGAAAGCGCUCUUCAAGCACCGAAAACGAUUCAUCAGACUCACAGUCCUUGCUCUCAAGUGAAAUGGAUGAAAAGGUGAAUGAUUUGGUGUAUUUCUUGCUCCUCAAAUACCAAAUGAAGGAGCCUGUUACCAGGGCAGCAAUUGUGGAUCAUGUCAUGAAAAAUUAUGAGGGAAGCUUUACUUUGAUCUUGAAUGAAGCCAUUGAGUGCUUGCAGCUGGUCUUUGGUCUUGAUUUGAAUGAAGUGGACCCUACUACCCAUACCUAUGUUCUUGUUACUACUCUGGGUAUUACAUAUGAUGGGAUGCAAACUGAAGUUCACGGUGUGCCCAAAACAGGUCUCUUGAUAUUUAUUUUGAGCCUAAUUUUCAUAGAUGACAAGUGUGUUUCUGAAGAGGAGGUCUGGAAAGUGCUGGGUAUGAUAGGAGUGCAUCCUGAUAGCUACCACCACCUCUAUGGAAAUCCUAGGAAGCUUAUCCUGGAAGAAUUCGUGCAGGAGCAGUACCUAGAGUACAGGCAGGUGCCUGGCAGUGAUCCUGCUCGCUAUGAGUUCCUGUGGGGACCUAGGGUCCUGGAAGAAAGCACCCUGAUGAAAUUUCUAGAGUUUUUGUCCGGCCUCAUUGGCAGUGAACCCAGCUCUUUCUCUGUAUGGUAUGAGGAGGCAUUGAGAGAUGAGAGAGAGCGAGCCCAGGCUAGACCUCCGGAAACAGAUGAUGCUGCAACAGAUGCUGCUGCUGCAACAGAUGAUUCUGCAACAGAUGCUGCUGCUGCAACAGAUGAUUCUGCAACAGAUGCUGCUGCAACAGAUGCUGCUGCAACAGAUGCUGCUGCAACAGAUGCUGCUGCAACAGAUGCUGCUGUUGCCCCAAGCAGUUGCAGUUCAUAG